AUGAACAAAAAUAAUACGGUGCAGCUGAAAGCCGCAGCUGAAGUGGGUAAUAUAGAUUUCUUCUAUGCAGUAAUUCAGGACGAUCCAUACAUUUUGGAGUGUAUGGAUUCGAUACCAUUUGUUGAAACUCCUUUACAUGUUGCUGCAUCUAAGGGUCAUCUCAAGUUUGCCACUGAAAUUAUGAUGUUGAAACCUUCAUUUGCUUUGAAGCUAAAUCAGCAAGGAUUCAGCCCGAUUCAUCUUGCUAUGCAUAAUGAUCAAACGAUGAUGGUGUAUCGCUUUGUCAACCUCAAUAAAGACCUUGUUAGAGUUAGAGGGAGGGAAGGCAUGACUCCACUUCAUUUUGCAAGUCAAAUUGGCGAGGUCGAUCUUUUAGCUGAAUUUCUCUUUUUGUGUCCGGAAUCCAUUGAGUACUUGACUGUGAGACGCAAAACUGCACUGCAUAUUGCUAUUAAGAAUCAACAAUAUGAGGCAAUACUUAUUAUGACUCAAGGAGGUGUUUUCAUGUUUGAAUAUGUUUUCCUUUUUGGAGGUUUAGCUAAGAGUGUUGGUUGGAGCAGUGCUUAUAUGGCGGAGCUUUGUGGCGUAUAUGAGGGGUUAUGUUAUGUUGGAAGAUUGAGGUUUCAAGUUGUUGAGAUUGAUGUUGAUUUCAAGGUUAAUGUUUAA